AUGGCGACGGUAGCCAAAAAGAAAGAAUUCCUUUGCAUCAUGCCCGACCGCCCUAAUGCUUUGGAGCUAAGAAAGAAAGUGAAGGGCGGUCACUAUGAAGGCAUCCAACCAUUGAUUUCUUCCGGCAAGCUGGUUGAUGGAGGUGCAAUAUUUGAAGAACAUCCACAGCAAGGGAAAGAUUCCCAGUUCCUAGGCAGUGUGGUUGUAUACACGGGUGAAAAUAUCGAAGAAGUUCGAGAAUUGAUCAACAACGACAUCUACGCUAGAAGUGGGGUUUGGGACCUUGAAAGGGUCCAGAUCUAUCCAAUUGGGGUAAAGAAACGGAUGCUGGAUAUCAAGGAUUCGCGCGGCAAUCUUUUUGUUUCUGGGAUCAGUCUUCCUGACUAUGAUAAGGACAUUGUGCCUGCCAACAGUGGGCUUCAGAUUACUCAAAUGCACAAGGGCUCUUCAGAGGUUGGGAACGACGAGACAAAGGAGGUAAAUGAUGGUGAUUGGAUUUCAUACCCUGUCGUGAACGGGCAAUUCACUUACCCGGAAUUUGGAUACAAUUAG